AUGGCUCAAGUAACCUAUGUGGAUAAUAAUGUGUGCAAAGAAUCUCAUUUUAGCAGUUGUAAGGAUUUGCACACUGAUAUAAUAGAUAAAGUUAAAGAAAAAGUUUUUGAUUUAAACGCAUCAGAAAACUCAGACGAAUUUUUCCAAACGUGCAGAGAAUUAGUUAGCUAUUUAAAUAAUUACAGUGGCGAUUGCAUAAAGUGCUAUACUGGUGAUAAUUUACAUUCUUAUAAAAUUGAAAAUGACGUAGAGAAUUUGUUGAAACGUGUUACUAAGUAUGGGGGAUGUCCAAGGAAUUUUACGUCUGAUGACGAGGAACGUAUUCAAUUAACAUAUAAAGUAGAACAAUUUUGUAGCGAAAAGAAUGGUUAUAUAAGUAAGAUACAAGCACUAGAACGAAGUAAAACGGAAUCAUCAUGCAGAGAUAAAGAAUUUUGCAACGCAGAAUGUUCAGAAUAUGAAAAAUGGUUAACCGAACAGGAAAAGCAUUUUCUUAAUGAGGAAAUAAAAAAAAAAUAUAUGAAUUUAAAAAGAUCUAACAAAAUUGAAUUUCCAAACAAUUGUGAUGUGACCGAAAAGGCAUCUUUUGAAAAUAACAUCAAUUAUUGUGUUAAUGUUAAGGGAAAAAAGCCUCCUCCAAAAGAGAUACAUACUUCAGAUCUCUGCCCAACAGAUGAGGUAUAUACUCGACAAAUUACGGCCUCUGAACAAAUUCCAGAUUACAAUUCUCAUACGAAAUAUGCAGCUGGAUUAAACCAUUUAGAUUAUGCUAUUCUUGAAGAAAUUGCUCCAGAUGGUAAUGAGAUUUAUGAGUUUCGUUCCGUUAGAAAGCCUUGCGAUGCACAUAUAAAACAUGCAUAUAAAAUCGACGCAGAACCCACGAAUAUUGAAACUUAUCAGGACACACAUCAUUCCUCUAUUUCUGAAGCUUCCAAUGAAGAAAUUGCUAAAACAGAAUCUGGAGAAGAGACAGUUUCUGAACAAAUAACUGAGUCUAUUAUGUUAGACGGUGAAACGCACACGCUUAAUCCAGACCCAUAUAGUACGUUUUAUAAUACACUACCAUCAUUGUUCCUUUAUCAAAUUACAUGCAUCCUAAAUAUAUUUAUUAUACUACUUUCUAAAAUACCACGUGCAAUAAUGUUCAUGUUAAAAUUAAAUUUUCAGGACUUCCUGAAGAAAAUGAUUCUAUACCAAUGGAACAGAGCAAUUCAGACGAAACAAUUAGCGGAACACCAUAUAAAAUGUACUUGCUAUUUAUUUUAA